AUGCUAAUACGACAUUGUUUACUGAGAAAAGCAAUACUUGUACCAAGACGGUCAUUGAUCUUGACUCCCAUUUUGCAUAAUGUUCUGGAAUCAAAUGCCACACAAACAAUUCCAACUCCAAAGGAAUCGAACAAGAAACAAAAGAGGAUUUACCUAAAGCCAGACGAGAUCAGGAACCGAAAGAGAAAGAAUAACGGCAAGAGAAAACUGUCAACCUCACGACUGUUACCACGUGAUGAUGCACCCAAAGUUGAUCUUGCAUUGAUCCAGGAGCUCUAUCGCAAAAACAACGACCUUGCGAACCCGCUGACAAAUGAUGACUUGUUUCGAUAUAUUGAGACAUUCAGGCCAUUUGAGCCCAAAAUUGGAAGAAGAAGGUAUGAUCAAUUGACCAAGGAGGUCAACAAUGCUUUCAAAAAGAAUCAAAUUAUCAGUUAUAUCAAUUAUUAUACAAGCAAACACCCUGACUCACCACCUUUGAUACCAAGAUUAAGCAAACAUCAAUUAAUAGAAUCGUUAUUUAUGCGGUACUGGAGAAUCACGAAACAGGAUUCGAACGCAUCAAAUGAUGAAUUACUCAGUUACAGAGUCAUCGAGUUAACUCCCGCUCAAAGAUUUUUGCUUGAUCCUAAACGAUCUAAAUUCAUACGUAAUAUAAUUGCAUGUAAUAUCAAAGUUCAACUUGGCAAGAAUAAGUUGUCGGUAUCUGGUUUGAAGCUGGAUUUGGAUUAUAUCGAGGCAGAGCUUGUGCAGUUGAGUAAUCAAAUCAAAACAGAGGAAAUUGAUCUAUCGCUGAUUGGAAAAAGUGGGAAAACUGGAUUUGACUUUAAUGAAAUAUCAAUGACCUCGCUGGCCUAUUUUGAACAAUUAAAUGAUAACAAAUUUAAAAUCUUGGCCCGCUCACAACAGAACAUUGAUACAGCAAAAAGAUUAAUCUUGUGGGCACUCGAUAACAAUCCACAUAUCCAGACUUUGCUCUUCAACAAAAAGGCAAUUACAAAUGCUCGACUACUACCUUAUGUUAAUGAAGAUGUUUGGGCAUGGUGUGAUAAGCAUGCUCAAUAUUAUAGUCUAUUUUUCAGAGAUAGGAGACCCGGAGCCCACAGUGACUUGGUGUUUGAAAAAUUUGACAAGAUGAAUGACAAGUUUUUGAAGCUGAAGCUGUUAGGGGAAUUGGUGGAUCAUAAACUAGCAUUGAAAUCUGAGAAUGACAGUUUCCUUGAUGACGAGUUAUCACAAGAAGUGUUGAAUAUGUUCAAAUCUAUUGGAACCGCAGAAAAAGAAUCCACCGACAACUAUUCCACCGAAAAGGAAUCUACCGAAAAGGAAUCUACCGAAAAGGAACCCACCGAAAACGAGUCCAAUGAAAACGAGUCUAUUGAAAACAAGUCCAUUGAAAACGAGUCCAUUGAAAACAAGUCUAGGGAAACUCAAAACAUCACUAAUGAAAACCCGGUCGACGCCAACAGUGACACUGUUUCUCAAGUAGUUAAAGAGGAAGAGCCUCUUAGUGGGACCAAGAAUGAAUUUGAUUUGGACAAGAUUAUCAAAAACAGACAUGAGUCAGCAUCAACAACCAAUGAUCAUGAGCAACAUUUAAAUCUCGAAGAGUUGCGUCACGAAUUAGGUGCUUUUGACCAUGAUUUAAAGCUUGAAGAUUUCCCUGAUGUGUCGAAUUUGAUUGUUGAUGCAGAAAAGCAAACGAGUGAUGAAGUACUUGAAAUUUUGAGAGCUGAGUUGGGAGCGUUUGCAGAAGAUGAUGGAGGUGCUGGUUAUGAUGACACAGAAGAUGUUACAAAAGCGUUGGAGCUUGUUGAUGACGAACAACGGAGUCGUGAUUUUAAUGAUGGCUCUACGUCCGGCUCGCGCAGUGACGAUAAAACCUCUUUGCGUCAAUCGGUGAAGUCGUCACCUCUUUCGAAGCAACAGAUUGACGAUUUGUACACCCAAUUGAAUGAUUUGGCAUUUGCCAAUGGUCUUCCAGGUGCAUCAAGAGAUGUAGAACCUUAUUCGGCAUACACGAUCCAAUUUGGUUCAUUGUUAUUUAAACAAGACAAAGGCAUUCAAGCUGCACCUACGUCCGAACAACUUGUUAAAGCAAACAAAAGUCAGUUUAGCUUUUUAACUAGCAUCCCGUUUAUCAAAGACUUGGCUACUUCUUUGCCCAUUUUAUACAAUGGUAACCAAACAUUUACAAACAAGAUGCAAAUUCGAUUAGUCCCAUCCAUCUACGUCAAAUCUGACAAUUCAAAUCUCCAACAGUUGCAACAGUACCCGCCGGUCGAAAUCCAAGCUGAUUUGAAUGAUUGGGGUAAAAUUAAAUUAGAAACAUUGCAAGUUUUAUCUAUAGAAGCAAUCAAUAAUUGCUAUGUUGCAAUGCCUCACAUGGCGCUGGAUUUACAAGUGUCUAAAUUGAUAAUUGGUGAUUUGUUACAACCACAAAUGGAAAGCCAAAUUGCAAAUGGUAUUUCUUUUGAUAAUCAACCGAAUUUGUCCAAAUUUUUAGAAGAUUCACAAUUGAGUUUUGGUGGAAAGAUACAAAUCAAGCCUUCUUCGUCAAUUGAAUUGUGUAUUAAUGAUCAAUUGAUCAAGUAUGAUUUUGUUCAUUUGACAUACAAGACUGAUUUGAUGUUUGAUUUGAAUGGCAGAGAGUUGUGUUUGAGUAUAGUUGAAGGUGGAAGUUUUGGAGGGAAAAGAUUUGAGGUCAUUUUAGGUGAUGGAGAGUUAUCCAAUGAUGAUUUUGCCAAAUUUCUCAAUGAUGCGAUCCGAUUCUAUUCCGAAAUUUAA